AACUGUCAUCCAGUUGCUGCUGUACUGUCUGUCGAGUAUUAUUUUCGUUUCACAUUUCCACACUUUAGUGUCUCCUGCGGAAAGUACGUUUAGCUAUUAGCUAAAGAAUAUUUGCAAUAAACAAAUUAACUCAAGGAAACGUAUAAUCAAAUUCGUCCACACAAUCCACCAAAUCCAAAGUAGUAGUACACGUGUGCAGAUUAGUCGGCGCAAAACCGCAAUGAUUUUUAAUAACGAUGACCUACGCGCAGCUACCACGUGGUGUUCCGGCGAUUUGAUUGACGCAACCCUUGGCGACAAUGGAUUGGCGGUUAUUUUACUAAAUCGACCGAUUCUGCUCCACAAGGAUUACUUUCGAUCAAUUUGGAACAACGCAAAGGUGCGCAUCACCGUUGAUGGUGGAACGAACCGCUGGGUGGACUUUGUUCGGCAAAAUUUCCACGCAGACGAAGAACUCAAACCGCCCGAUUUGGUAACGGGAGAUUUUGAUUCGUGCACCGAUGAAGCGAUGUCGUACGUCACGCGGUUGAACUGCAGGAUCAUCAAAACUCCAGACCAGAACGCCACAGAUUUCACGAAAUCGCUCCAUGUACUGCAGAGCACUGGUUACGCUAGCGAGAUCAGUCGGGUCCUGGUGCUAUGCGAGAAUUCCGGUAGACUUGAUCAAAUCAUGGCCAACAUCAACACACUGUUCCUAGCCCGUACCAUCCUGCCCGACACGCCAGUGUUUCUACGCUCCAGUAAUUCGCUAAGUUGGCUCUUGCCAGUGGGAAACCACCAAAUCAAGAUACCUUCCCGGCUGGUGAACGGACGCAUCUGGUGCUCGCUGAUUCCGAUCGGGCAACGGGCCAUCUGCAGUACCAGUGGGCUGCACUGGAACCUCGACAACCGAGUGUCGGAGUUCGGCACCAUGGUAAGCACCUCCAACACCUAUUCCGCCGAGGAGGUUCUCAUUCGUACCGAUAGUGCCGUUCUUUGGUCCAUGGGGACAACCCCGAAAGAUAUGUGAUAGUUGGCCGCUGCCCGGUUCGAAACCGAUCAAGAGUAUUGCCUGAGCUAGAUGACUAAAACCAGUUUUUGCUUUAUACGGGACUGCAGGGUGCGGUGCCAAGCAGUUCCUUUAUCUCUAUUAUGUGUUAAAUGUGUUUUUUUUUUUAAAUAAAAUUUGAAUGUUGCAAAGGGAUUUAUGAUGAAAUGUGUUGAAUUGAUUGUGAAAAAUGUCUUUUUCGAAGCUAGUGAAUACUCUGAGCCUAAUCGAGCUGUGUGUUUUCUUCUCAAAUAGGUACAUUUUUAUUUUUGUUCUCUUGUGAUAUCGAACAUUUCCAUUUAUAAGUUAUUUCUAGUGCUCACCAUGCUUGCACACACUUCCUCCUUCUGUCUCCACAAGUGCGCAGUACACUUAUGCAUAUCGAUUUUUUUUUGUUUUUUGACCUCUUAUUUCUCGCGCAUGCGCGCUGCAUUUUUACUGUCUCCUCAUUCACCUCGAUUAAUUUGUACCAUGCACAAAUGAGUAAACCGUAUGUUUGUUUAUUUUAGCUUUUUGUUUAGCUGUUUGUUUGUUUUUUGGUGUCGCCCAUCAGCCGCAGCUUCGAGCCACAAUUCGUAUGCUGUGUUCCGUUAACAAAUAUUUUCUUUUUUCUUGUUUUCAUCUGCUUCUUUUCAUUAUCAAUUAAAUACUGUACUUUAUGUUUUACCAUACAAAGAAGAGAACUUCAAUACACCUUAACGCUUGUUUAAGCGUUUGCUUGUUCGUGUGUGUGUGUAUGUAUGUGUGCUCCUGUUUUUCGCGGCUUGGCUGUCUUAAAUAUUUACAAUAAAAUGUUAGGUUGGGUUUCGUUUCUACUUAGUUUCUGUGUUGCCUGCUUAAUUUUAUUAUGUUUGUAAACUUGUGUGUUUGAGUGUCUUAAAUUGAUUUCGCGGUAGUUUUACAAACUAUCGCCUUACUUCGGUACUUGCUAAGUGUGGUCUACACAUCUCUACAUACAUUCUUCUCUUCUCUUCGUGGUUCCUCUUUUGAUUUGUAUCGUUUGCAGGAUUUUAAAAAAUUGGAAUAAAAAAUAAAAUUGAGCUACAGUUAAUUUUAGAAAAAAA